AUGGUUGAAAAAGAAUCCCAUUGCAUCUGGACCCAGGCAGAUGAGAGUGCCCUCAUUGCAUACAUCACCACCCAUCAAGCCAAGGGUGGCAAUGGGAUGAACUUCGACAAAUCAUUCUGGGUUGCCACAGCUGCAGAGAUGGCUAAUAAGGGCACUCCAGGGGUGGGUGCCCCUAAAAGCCCUGAUGCAUGCCAUCAGAAGUGGGGGCGGCUGUGCAAGUUCUUCAAAGUUGUUGACAAGAUAGCCAACUCAUCUGGUAUAUCCUACACUCGUGAGAAGGGCAUGAAUAUCACUGCCAAAUCUGAGACAAUUUGGGUGGAUUUACUUAAGGUAUGUGUUUUUCAGCCAUCUCUUCACCACCACACUCACAAUUUUCAUAGGCAGAUCCUCAAGUAA